AUGCACCAGGGAGCAGGGUUGUCGUCGACCGAUAAGACCAGUUUAUUCGCUGCUACCGUAGUGUCAACUCCUGUGGACAAGGUUGUUGUUCUUCCGGAUGCCGAUGCUGUGGGCGACAAAGUACGAAGCAUCGUUUUGGAAGCUGCACAAUCCGCAAUCGCAGAACGUGGGUAUUUUGCCUUGGCCAUUCCAGGGGGAUCCAUCUUGAAAAUGUUGAUGGGUGACGAUAUUCUCGGAGAUUGGACGACCAAGACGACCAUUGCCUAUGUGAACCACAAAUGCGUCGACAUGGGCGACGGAGAUCUUGCUACACAUGCAAAGGCACGAAAACUAUUCCUUGACAAUUGGAAGGGCGCGAAUACGAUUAUCAUGGAAGGUACCGAUAAUGGGGACCAAGAAGCUGCAUCAUAUGAAGCCAAAAUGAAAGAAUUGAGCUCGGAAGUUCUGCCUCGCGAUGAAUCCGGAUUGCCAGUUUUUGAUCUUGCGUUGAUCGGGGUUGGCGAUGACGGCCACAUCGGGUCACUUUACCCCGGCCGACAGGAAGUUCUUGUAGGAGCAGAUGGUCCUUGGGUCCUACCUGUGGCAAUGAAGAACCCGCCAUCCAUUACUCUUUCCCUACCUGUCAUGGCAAAUUCAAAGCAAGUGGUAGUUGCCGCAUGCGGGGUCUCUGAAAAAUAUCCACAAGGGAAAUCGGAGGGUAUGCGUAGAGCGGUUGCGGCAGAAGAUGAAAGUCUCGAAACCUUUCCAGCUGUUGGAUUGCGUGAGGUCGCAACUUGGGUGAUGGACCAAGCUGCUGCAUCUAAACUUGGUGACGCAUACAUCAAGAACUAA